CAGUACGAGGGGCACCCAAGCACCCAGAGGCCGUCUAGAGACCGGCAGUCGGCACGCCUCGUCUUAUUAUUGAAGACUUGGUGAUCCGGCAGAAUGGGCCGCAAGCCGAAUCCCAUCAUUAGCGAAUACUUCACGCGGGGCCCCAAGCUCAGCGACUCGAGCAACCGUUAUCCGCAUACCUGUAAGCUCUGCGGCGAGAACUUCCCCAAGGGACGCGGAGAAGUUCUUCACAGACAUAUCACCGAGAAGUGCCCCGCCAUCAGUCCGGAAGACCGCAUCAAUGCUGCGCUGGGCUUCGCCGGUCUGCAUUCAGGACACUGUGCCGGAGCCAACAUGGUUGCGCCUCCUCAGCACACCACUAUCGAUUUGAGCACCAACCAGCUUCACGACUCUGUCGCUCCUCAUAUUGUGGCUUCAGAAGCCCCUGAAACUUGGUCGGCCCUUCGCACCUUGGCCGAAGCUUCCCGCCAAGUUGGAGCAAAUGAGCUUUCUCAUCCCAAGCCCGAAGACAUCCCUGACUCUCAUGGAGAUCACCGUCGGCAUCAUACAGAUCAAGAUGUCCUUCAUCUCCAAGAGCAGUUCACUCUAGAAAAUCCGCCCCCUACUUACGAUGCGACUGCCCAUCGUGACGGAAAAGACGAUGAGUCUAACCCGUUGCAUUUCCUCACUACCGAGGAGAAGCUGGAGCAUCUCAAAACUGCAACUCAGCACCCUGCUGUCUCUUCUGAGGACUCUGCCGGACUCGCAGCCGCCGCUGCUGCUAGGCUCAACCACUCCCUUUUGUUGGACAACAUCUACGAACAGGCCAGCCACGAAACAAACUCUGCCAGCCCAGUGUCCGAACACGUCCGAGACCAUAACACCCCGCCGGUUCCCCAAGCGAACCUGCAACCAAUCCAUCAAUCGUCCCUUUCGCCUAGCCAACAGCCAGGCCACCUUUCUCCUAGACCGCAAUUGCAACAUCCUUGGGGUCAGAUGUCCUACGUGGCUCCUCAGCCAGCGAACGGAGGCCACGUCCCUGUUACUCUGUCGGCUCCCAUUCGGGGAGGUACUAGGAUGUCAAUUGGUAAUGGCACCCGGAGUGAGCACAAGCGGAAGGCAUACACCCCUAGUCGCCGCAAGGAAGUCCAAGCCGCCCGUAAAAAGGGUGCUUGUAUCCGCUGCCGGAUUCUGAGGAAGGUCUGUGGCCUUAAUGACCCUUGUGACCAAUGCCGCAAGAUCCAAGGCCCUCGUCACUGGACCUACCCCUGUGUUCGAACCCACCUAAACCAGGUCUUGAGUCUCUACUCGGCUGGCCUCAUAGUCGUCUUGGCCCAAAACCGGGUCAACCAGGCCCGCAACGCAUACCAGCUGAUGCAAAUCGGAACCUCGCUGCGAGUGUCACUCUGGAGUGAUAGCAUCCCGAUGAGUCUUUCAGCCCUGGUUACCGCCAGUCCUAUGCCCAAUAAAACAGGAGAUGCCGAACCGUCGACCGAUGAUAAGAAUGGGGACAGCCAAAAUUCUAGCGCACCGUCUUACCAAAUUGUCAUGAUCGACCAGGACAAGGAGGAUCUUCCCGCUCGCAUGGAGACCUAUCUGAAGGAUGUGCUGCCUAUACUGAUUGAGAGAGAGCCGUCCCAUUUCAUGCGGGUUGUCCUUAGCUUCGCGCAGAAGGUCGAAAACUAUACCGGAGACCUAGUGAAACGUGCCAUCGAGCUAUGGGGGCUUGUCGAGAUCCUCGAUCGUGAACGAAGCUGGUGCAUUGUCGAAGAGCGCGACGGGCGCGUCGUAUCCCGGGGCCCUGAAGACGGCGACGCUGGCAUUGAUCAAGAGACUUAUUCACUCAUGACGUGGCAGCUCUCUGCUGCUGCAGAGCGCAAGGCGAAUGCCGUUUCGCAUAAGCUCAUCAGCGAACUCCAGCGUACCCUAGAGAACGGCAAAAUCGCGCUCCACUUCGACGUGUACCUCGCCAUUCUAAUCCUACUCCACUGUCUGGAGAAGACAACCUGGACUAUCAAGGUAUGGGAGAUGGAAGAUUUCCGGCAGCGGUGGCCGCUGGAGCGACCGCCCCAUACUUUUACCAAUCAAGGCCACGAGAUAGCGGACCUGCUGAAGAUGCUCCUGACUCUCCGGAAGGUCCAUCCGAAAACGGCUCGGGCUCCGGAUGGCCAACUCGUAGUCUCCGAGACUCGUGAUCCUGUAAUUACCAAUCUUUUUGAAGCCCUCAACCUUCGGUUCGAUGAGGUUGUCGAUAGGUUGGAGCAUUGCGCCUUCAGCCCCGAGAGCUCCCGUUCUCUUGAGUUUCACUUCUCCGGCCUUGUGCUGCUACCCCAGCGGGAACCAGAAUCCUCCAGCCAGCCGGCCACCUUCUCGAGCCCGGGUGCCACAACUCCGCAGCAGAACGGCUCAGUUCACCCCUGAGUUCCAACUCGUCCACAAUACUGGCUAGGCUUUCAUUGCCCGUCUUCGAGCAGUCUGUCUCAAGAGAAAGGGCACGGCAGACAGUUUGCGGCCAACCAGGAACAGCCCUGGAUUUUACGAGAAUUGCCCAUUGAAAUGGGUUAUAAUAUGCUUAUGACUGUACGGACGAUACCACAUCACGAUGUACGAUUGACGACAGAACAAAACAAACAAAAAAGGCAAAAGGGAUUGGCGUUUCUAAG